CGGGCCCUUGGAACUGGAGCAAGACGGUUACAUGUCUCGGCAGUCUUCAGCGCCAAGGCCAAAGUGGCCAUGAGCCGCUUUGAGCCGGGCUCCAGCAUCGAUUAUGAGAAGCUGCACGAGAACAUCAACAUCGUACGCAGGAGGCUCAACAGGCCUCUCACUUUGUCCGAGAAGAUCGUAUACGGUCACCUGGAUGACCCGGUGGGACAGGAAAUCGACCGCGGCCGCACUUAUCUGCGCCUGCGUCCAGACCGCGUGGCCAUGCAGGACGCCACCGCCCAGAUGGCCAUGCUUCAGUUCAUUAGCAGUGGCCUGCCCAAGGUGGCUGUCCCCUCCACCAUCCACUGCGAUCACCUGAUCGAGGCUCAGAUCGGAGGAGCUCAGGACCUGAAAAGGGCCAAGGACGUGAACGAGGAAGUGUACAACUUUCUCGCAACAGCAGCUGCAAAAUAUGGCGUUGGUUUCUGGAAACCAGGCUCAGGGAUCAUACAUCAGAUCAUCCUUGAGAAUUACGCUUAUCCUGGAGUCUUGCUGAUUGGUACUGACUCCCACACUCCUAAUGGUGGCGGCCUGGGGUCCAUCUGCAUUGGAGUUGGAGGAGCUGACGCUGUAGAUGUCAUGGCUGGAAUCCCGUGGGAGCUCAAGUGCCCCAAAGUGAUAGGAGUCAGACUGACAGGAACGCUGUCGGGCUGGACCUCUCCGAAAGACGUCAUCCUGAAGGUGGCUGGCAUCCUGACUGUGAAAGGUGGAACAGGAGCUAUCGUGGAGUACCAUGGACCUGGAGUUGACUCCAUCUCCUGCACUGGAAUGGCCACUAUCUGUAACAUGGGCGCUGAGAUCGGAGCCACUACAUCUGUGUUCCCCUACAACCACCGAAUGAGGACAUACAUGAAGAAAACUGGUCGUGAAGAGAUUGCCUCCGUGGCCGAUGAGUUCGUAGAAGACUUGGUGCCAGACGAGGGCUGCGACUAUGACCAAGUUAUUGAGAUCAACCUAAGCGAACUGAAGCCCCACAUCAAUGGGCCGUUUACCCCGGACCUGGCCCACCCUGUCUCUGAAAUCGGGACCAUAGCUAUGAGGGAAGGCUGGCCUCUUGAGGUUAAAGUUGGUCUGAUUGGCAGCUGCACCAACUCGAGCUACGAGGAUAUGGGCAGAGCAGCCUCCCUGGCCAAGCAGGCGCUGGAUAAGGGCCUCACGUGCAAGGCCCAAUUCACAGUUACACCUGGCUCUGAGCAAAUCCGGGCCACUAUCGAGAGGGACGGAUAUGCCAAGAUCCUGAGUGACGUUGGAGGGAUUGUCCUUGCUAACGCUUGUGGGCCCUGCAUCGGACAGUGGGACAGGAAAGAUGUGAAAAAAGGAGAGAAGAACACCAUUGUCACGUCCUACAACAGGAACUUCACAGGCAGGAAUGACGCUAACCCAGCAACUCACGCCUUUGUCACCUCUCCUGAGAUUGUGACAGCUUUGGCUCUUGCUGGGACUCUCAACUUCAACCCCGAGACUGACUACCUGACAUCUCCCAGCGGGGAGAAGUUUAAGCUGGAUCCCCCCGUUGGCGAUGAGCUCCCCUCCAGAGACUUUGACCCCGGUCAGGACACCUACCAGCAUCCCCCACCAGAAAACAUCUCAGUCCAGGUAAAUGUAAACCCCUCCAGUAACCGUCUGCAGCUGCUGGAGCCCUUUGAUAAGUGGCAUGGAAAAGACUUGGAAGACAUGAGGAUCCUCAUCAAGGUGAAGGGAAAGUGCACCACUGACCACAUCAGCGCCGCCGGGCCCUGGCUGAAAUUCCGCGGCCACCUGGACAACAUCUCCAACAAUCUGCUGAUCGGAGCCGUCAACAUUGACAACGACGCCGUGAACAAGGUGAAGAACCAGCUGACCGGAGAGUACGGGGGCGUUCCAGACGUGGCCCGCUUCUACAAGGCCAACAACGAGAACUGGGUGGUGGUUGGAGAUGAGAACUACGGAGAAGGAUCCAGUCGAGAGCACGCCGCCUUGGAGCCGAGGCACCUGGGAGGACGCGCCAUCAUUGUUAAAAGCUUUGCAAGAAUCCAUGAGACUAAUCUGAAGAAACAGGGCCUGCUUCCUUUGACCUUUAAUGAUCCCAGUGACUACGAUAAAAUCCGCCCCGAUGAUAAGAUUUCCAUCACUGGCCUGAAAUCCUUCAUGCCCGGCAAGCCGCUGACCGCAGUGAUCAAGCACAGUGACGGGAGCCAGGAGUCCAUCUCUCUGAACCACACCUUCAACGAGACACAGAUCGAGUGGUUUAGGGCUGGCUCCGCCCUCAACAGGAUGAAGGAGCUACAGUAA